UGAGAAAUGAGGUUUUGGGGAUAAGAUAUAAACUUGGAAAUGUGCUAUUUUGGUCAUUUUAGUUUUUGAGUGCUAUUUUUGUGAUAUAAACUUAGAAAUGUGCUAUUUUGGAAAUUUGCCCAUUAACAUAAGAGAUGUACAUUAAUUAGGCAACAGAAGAGGCGCCUCUUGUGAGCCACGCGUCAGGGUGAAAUCGUUUUGGGAGGAGACUUCGAGGGGAGAAAAAAUUAGUCUCAAGGCAAGGAAGAAAUCGUGUGUUGCUCUCGUCGAUUGCUCUCUGAAUUGUUCAGAUCUUAACAAGUUUCUCGAGUUCCUACUUCUUACCCUUUUUGAUUGUUGUGUAAGAGUGACGUUGCGAGGGAGAGAGAGAGAGAGAGAGAGAGAGAGAGAGAGAGAUGGAGGAAGAGGAGCAUGAGGUAUACGGUGGAGAAAUCCCAGACGUCGAAGUUGGAUGGAUUGAUUGAUUUGAUGUUGGUAACAAUAGGAGUUGGAUGAGAUGAAGAAGCGAUUGAAAGAGAAUGAGGAUGAAGCUGCUGCUCUUCGUGAGAUGCAUGCCAAGGUUGAGAAGGAUAUGGGACCUCAAGAUCCUGCUACGCUAGCAGCAUAUCUAGCAGGCAAGGAGGAGGUGGAUGCUCGAUCUGUUUUUGUUGGCAAUUCACAGGGUCCACUUCAGCACACUCAGUCUAUGUCUGGUUUGAAGGACAUAACCGAAAGCUCAAACAGCCGUGAGAGUUUCUCCAGUGGAACACAUCCUGGAAGAUAAAGAUCAGUUAUCGGCUCCUGUCACCGUUUUGUUAACUUGUUACUCAAGGUUAGUUUUUUGUAUAUAAAGAGGCGAAAUCUAUGUAUUCGUUUUGGUGUUUUUCUGGCUCAGGCUGACUCUUAUGUAUAACUAAGGGGAAGAUUAGAAGCUAUGAAGCACGGGGACGUCAAAUUGAUUUACAUAUCCGUAUCGGAGACGUUUCCGGGACGGGGACACUUCGGGGACGGCACGGGGACACGGAACCGUUAAUUAUGGAAAUUUUCAGAAAAUAUUUGCUUUGCUAUUAUCCUUUUUUAAGCUUAUUCACUUACUUUUCUUACAAAUAAAAAAUAAAAAGUAGAAGUUUAUACUAGAUUUUGAAUUUAUAACCUACUUUCUAAUCUUUUUAGUUUAUUAGAUAAGAUUUACAGUGAUAUAUUUUUAUUUUUCAGUAUAUAAAUAUACAUAUAUAUAUCUUUAUUGAUAUAUAUUUUCCGUACCCGUAUCCAUAAUUUUUUAGUUUUGAUGUUUCCCGUCUCCGCUUCCGUACCAGUAUCUGUCCCCGUAUCCGUCCCGGUGCAUCAUAGAAAAUCUUUAAAAUAUAAUUGAUCAUCUUUGUUCACCAUUGUAUAUAGUAUGUAAAGUCUGAGUCUCUAUGGUCACUCAUAAGGAUCAUGAGUGUUCCAUUUAUCGACAUGUUAUGAUCAUAUACAUAUAGUAUAUAGUCCGAAUCUUGUAAUCUUGUGUAGUCUUGUUAUGUUUUAUUGUGUAUUCUUGUCAAGUAUUGUGUAAUUUUUUUUAAGAAUCCCUAGAUAAGAGA